AUGGUUCUGCAAAGAAGGAAUAGUAAUUCAUCAAUAGACCAUCAAUCCAGGCUACUACGUUCUCAACAGGAAGCGUCAUCAAGUUUGAAUCAAUCCCAACCAGGUUCAAGUUAUGGGUCUACAAGAAUAGCACCAAGGGGUCGCCAUAAACAAACCUUGCAAGCCAUAUCUGAUCAAGAUAGUAACAUUUCUGAAAAUGAGACAGAUGAUCCUUAUGAACACUAUGAAUCUGAUGGUCGUUCAGCUUCCAUACCAAGCUCAUAUACAGAUAGUAUAUUUAGUGAAGACGAUGAAAUUCCUGUCACGGUUAAAGAUGAAGUUAUUAAUAUUAUUCGUUCAGCAACCCCAUUAUGUGUCACUUCAUUUUUUGAAUAUUUAUUAGCUGUUAAUUCAUUAUUCAUGAUUGGUCAUUUAGGUAGUAGAGAAUUAGGAUCAGCUAGUCUUGCUGUCUUGGUGUUCAAUAUUAGUGGUAUGGCUGUUAUAGAAGGUAUGUCCACCUCACUUGAUACUUUUUGUUCACAAGCUUUUGGUGCUAGAAAAUAUCAUAAAGUUGGAUUAUAUUUCCAAAGAUGUACUGCAAUGAUUUUCACACUAUUGUUACCAAUCAUGGGUACAUGGUGGUGGUCAAAACAUAUUUUGAAACAUGUUGUUGCAGAAGCUGAUUUAUUAGAUUUAACUCAACCUUAUUUAAGAAUUUUAUGUUUUGGUACACCUGGUCUUAUUGCUUUUGAAACUGGUAAAAGAUUUUUACAAUCCCAAAGAAUAUUUCAUGCUUCAACAUAUGUUUUAUUCUUUUGUAUGCCUUUGAAUAUUUUAUUAAAUUAUUUUUUCAUUAAAUAUUGGGGAUUUAUUGGUGCUCCAUAUGCUUUAGUUGCAACUUAUUGGAUCAUGGCAUUCUUAUUAUUAGCUUAUGUCGCUUUUGUUGAUGGUAAACAAUGUUGGAACGGAUUAUCCAAAAGAGCAUUUAGACAUUGGAAACCGAUGUUAAAUUUAGCUAUUCCAGGGCUUAUAAUGAUUGAAUCUGAAUAUCUAUCAUUUGAAGUUUUAACUAUAAUGGCUAGUUAUUUCGGUACAGAAUCAUUAGCUGCACAAACAAUCAUUUCAAACAUUGGUUCACUUUGGUAUCAAUUCCCGUUUGCCAUUGGAUGUGCUAUUUCAACAAGAGUUGCAAUUUAUGUUGGUAUGGGAUCACAAAGAUCUUCAAGAGUUAGUGUUAGAAUUGCAUAUGUAGUUGCAGCUUUCACAGCUUUGAUAUCAUUUAUAUUAAUAACUUCUUUGAAAUAUCCAUUAACUUUAUUAUUUACAUCAGAAGAUGAAGUUAUUAGAUUAUCAGUGAAAUCUAUGCCAAUUUUAGCAUUUAAUCAAUUUGGUGAUACUUUUAAUAUUAUAUCUGCAGGAAUUUUAAGAUCUCAAGGUCGUCAAAAAAUUGGAUCUUAUUUAAAUAUAAUUGCAUAUUAUGGUGUUGCAUUACCUUUUUCUUAUUUAUUUGCAUUUUAUUUUGAAUUAGAAAUUACUGGAUUGUGGUUAGGUUUAAUGAUGGGUGUUUUCAUCUUGGGUAUUAGUGAAACUUUUUAUGUUUAUAAAUCUAAUUGGGAUCAAAUUUUAAAAGAAGCAUUGGAUAGAGAUGAAGAUGAAUAUGAAGUUCUGAUUGAUGAUGAUAGUACAGUUUCAUCAUUUGUUACUUCAUAUGAAUAA